CUCUUCUUCUUCUUUCCUCUCCUGUGAUUCUGUGAAGGAAUGGUGGUGGUGGAAUCAAUCAAUCAAUCGAUCGAUCAAUCAAUCGUGCAAGGGAAGAAGGGAAUCAAAAUCGUUUUCUUUUUGUUUGUUUUUUGAAGGGAGGGGAGGGGGGCGAUCGACCAGACCACCAUGGUGCGAGCAGCGUCAGGGGCAGAUCCACCACCAUUCCUCCAAACACGCAUGGUGGACAUGCCCUCCUCCUCCUCCUCCUCCUCCUCUUCCCUCUCUCAAUCUCAAUCUCAAUCUCACUCCCACUCUCAGACUCACAAGGAGAAGGAGAAGGAGAAGGAGAAGGAGGAGGAGCAGGAGGAGGAGAAGCCCUCCCCCUCCCGUAACGCCUCCUCCAAGUACGACUUCGUCAAGGUCAAGGUGUGGCUUGGCGAGAAUGCCGAUCACUACUACGUCCUCUCCAGGUUCCUCCUCUGCAGGAUGCUCACCGUCACCAAGAUUCCUAAUCAUGUUGCCAUUAAGAUUGCCCUUGAACUCAAGAAAUUGCUUGUCGACAACAGCCUCCUUGAUGUUUCUCAGAGUGACUUAGAGGCUAACCUAUUUAAGCUCAUGGAGAAGCGGGGAUACGGCGAGGAUUAUAUUAAUCGGUAUAAAAUGAUGACCAGAUUCCAUCAUCAAAGAGUACCACUAGUAGUUUUAGUGUGUGGAACUGCUUGUACGGGAAAAUCAACAAUUGCUACGCAACUAGCUGGAAGGCUGAAUUUACCAAAUGUUUUGCAGACAGACAUGGUGUAUGAGUUGCUACGGACAUCAACAGAUGCCCCUCUUACUUCGGUGCCCGUGUGGGCUCGGGAUUUUGAUUCUCCUGAAGAGCUUAUCACAGAGUUCUGCAGAGAAUGCAGAGUUGUUCGCAAAGGUUUGGCUGGUGAUUUGAAGAAGGCCAUGAAAGAUGGGAAGCCAAUUAUCAUCGAGGGAAUUCAUUUGGAUCCAAGUAUUUAUUUGAUGGACGAGGAAAAGAGAGAUGAUAAUUCCAAAAUGGAGAAGAAGGUAGCUGAAUCUGAAAAUUCACCAGCAACUGUAAAGAGCAAGACAGAAAAGCAACAAGAAAACGAACUACAUGAGAAGAGAAUGGAUGACAGUCAGGAGUGCAUGUCUGAGGAGGGUAGAAUAAGUGAAGGGCUAUCUUGUGCUAAAAGCCACGUAAUUAGCUCUUCUGAUCCUGCAUGUUCUAAAGAGAAAAAUCCCAGAGCUGAAGGUGAAGGACAUAAGGAUUUGGACCUACAGAAAAACAACGCCACCAAGAAGGACAAACCUGCUGCUAAACCAAUAAUAGUCCCAAUUGUGUUGAGGAUGUCUGAUUUUGAUCACAAGGCAUUGUUAGAGGAAUGGAUAGCCACCAGGGCUUCCAGGGAUAAUUGUCUUCCUCAGGAUCAUCGAAAGCUUAUAAACAACCUUAAGCUUAUUCAGGACUAUCUUUGUUCUUUUGAAUCACAGGGAUUGACCGUUGUUGACAUUUCAGCGAACUCAUUCCCUCAGACACUAGAUUGGCUUCACAGCUAUCUUCUUCAGUGCAUCGAACGUGGCCUUUUGGCUGCAUGUUCAGAAAGUCCCAAGCAAGGUGGGAGCUAACGGAUACGGACGAAGCCCGCAUUAGUGUUGCUUAAGAUAUAUUGGUUGGUAAUCAGGAACGUUGGCAGUGGUAGAGAACUCCAUAGUUGGAUAAAAGCUUUUUAGAGGUGGAUCGGUAAAAUGAAAAGAAACUCAAGGCCGGUGAAAUAAUGCGAUCACUCACAUAGACAUAAGUUUUGUUUUUCCCCGAGCUCCCAGAGAUAAUAGAUACUAGUACUGUAGUACAUCUCGCAGAAUUGAGACGAGUAUGCUCAAUUAAUUGAGCGAAAAGACGAGUAUAAAGAGGUCAAUCUCGGGUCAUCCAACAUAUCAACAAACUCGAUCAGCACCUUGUCAAUCUGUGGUCCACAGCGUAUAAAAGGUCGGCUCCACAGCUUGUAACGUGGAUUCUGAAACAUCAUUUUAUCAUCAUCAUCAUCAUCCUAAGUUUUCUCA